CGAGUAUGGUCACAAAAUGAUGUUGUUGAGGUGUAAACAGUCGGGGGGAAAAAAUAUGUAAUUAGUGCGGUACGGGUUCAUAUCGCGUUCGAGUGUUGAUUGUGUGCGAGUGUGUGUCUUGGGUCCCGUGAUAAUAUCACUAUAUCACGCCGACGGACGACGACCCUAAUAUCCUAUGCGUCUGCGUUGUUGAAUUUUUAGGACGGUUUAUUUUUUUUUUGCGUGAUCGUUCAGUCGUUGUCACUCCGGCUUCUCACGUACGACUGCCUACCAUGGCCUACAUAACAAAAUGCUGCUGACAUCUGAGAUUCGUCGACGUCUCACACGGCACGACACCGCGGCUUAAGAUCAGAAGACUCGUAGAUACACCACAGUCGUGACAGACAGUGCGCGACGGCCAUGAGAAACAUUUGUCGGUGUGAUGAAUGAGGACGAGAUAGCCGAUAAAGUAUACGAGGAGAGAGAAAGAAUUGUCGAUCUGUACAGGAAUGGACCCGGAGACGGAACGAUCAUAGAUCCUGUUGACGAUCCCACUAUAAACGACUAUUUCAAGCUUGACAGAUUCGGAUUCAUAAUAGGCGAUGAGUCAAAGUUUAAAAAAGAAGAUCCUCAAGAGAUAAAAAUUGAAGUAAACAGAGAACAAAAAUGGCUGAAAAUGAUCUCCAACUGGGAUAGUCUGUCCCGAGACAAACUGAAAAGACGUGUUUACAAAGGCAUUCCAAAUUCAUUACGAGGUAAAGUGUGGGCCAAGCUAUUGGGUGUUGAUCAACUCACAGAUGAUCAGAAAAAUAAAUACAAACAUAUGUGUGAGCUGGCAUGGGAACAUUCACCAGAUGUAAGACAAAUUGAUUUAGAUGUGAAUCGAACAUAUCGAGAACAUAUCAACUUUCGAAAACGAUACAAUUUCAAGCAACAAGAAUUAUUUAACAUACUAUCUGCAUAUAGUAUCUAUAAUUUGGAUAUUGGCUAUACCCAGGGAAUGUCACAAAUUGCAGCUUUACUGUUGAUGUAUUUAAGUGAAGAUGAAGCUUUUUGGGCAUUGUCUAAUCUUAUUUCCAAUAGCAAGUAUUAUAUGCAUGGUUUUUUCAUACCGGGUUUUCCUAAGUUGAUACGGUUUCAAGAUCAUCAUGAUAAAAUAAUGAAUAAGUUAUUACCAAAAUUAAAAAAACAUUUAGAUAAAAAUGGAGUUGAAACUGGAUUAUAUACUCUUAAAUGGUUUUUCCAAUGUUUUUUGGACAGAAUACCAUUCAAAUUGACUUUGAGAGUGUGGGAUACAUUUUUACUAGAAGGCGACAAAAUAUUAUCAGCUAUGGCCUAUUGCUUAUUAAAACUACACCGCCACCAGCUGUAUGCUUUAGGAAUGGAUGAUAUACUUAAUUUUUUGCAGGUAAAACUGGAACAAAAUUAUCAACUUACAGCAGAUUAUACAAUUGAAAAACUUCAAGAAUGUCUUGUUGAAUUGAAAAAAAAUAAACUUGACAAUGCUGGUCAGCCAUCUCAAAAUGAAAAGUUGAAAAGAGAGCUUGGAAUAUUUAAUCCAGAUGAUAUCCCUGUUAGAAAAAAAAUGUUUUUCCAGCCUCAAAUCAAUGGAGUGGGAAAAAUAAGAAAACCCAUUAAUGCCGACCAAAUUCAUAGUUCACCUGAACAGGAUUCACAACGCCAAGGGUCAAUUAUUACAAAUGGUAAAAACAGUUUGGAUGAUGUUAGCUCAAUUGUUGGGGACAGUUCUAGACGCUCAUUGCUAGACACUAGUGUCACUUCUGCAGCCACGACAACAGUGUCUCCACAAAGUAUACAAAAUGAUGAUGCUGGAUCGGAUGUUACAUGUGUGAGCCCUCAGCCUGAUGUUCUUCGCAUAUAUGUACCAUACGAUACUCCAACAAAGAAAUCUCCUACUUCUGUUUCAAACAAAAUUACAACAAUUCAGGUGAUGGACGAAAUGGCCACUCCUACUGUAGAAACAGAUGGUAUGUUUAAAGCGGUGUCUACUAUUAACUAAUCAUUUGUUGCAUUAGUGACAUACUAAAUUGGCUGUGAUUGAAUAUAUAGUUGGUGGCUACUCUAUGAUCAUAAGCAGUGCUACUUUCCAUGUAAAUUAGUUAUACCUUUUUUGCAUUGUUGUAUGCAGUACACAAUUUGUUCUUGGCAAGAUGCUCAGAUGUAGCUUAAAUCCGGCAGUUGAUAAAACAUGCAAUUAUUAUGUAAUUUAUAUCCCAACAAGUCAUUAAUUUAAAUUACUUAGUAAUAAAAUGGUGCAGAAACUAUACUAACAGCUUUUAAAUCCUAUGUUAAUCAACCUAUGUUGAUUUUAAUUAUUUACAACAUAGUGUAUAAAAAAACUGAUACAAUUCCUUAUAUAUAACAAUACUUCAUUACUUCUAUACUUAUUUUAUUUUCAAUUGAACAAAUGUUAAAGUACCUUGUGUCUAAUGUUAAAUAUGAUUGAAGUUUCUUUAUUACAUUUAAUGAAAAUAAAAUAUAAUAUACUUAUUUUUCAAGAAUACGGUAGCC